CAGCUGCUUCAAAACCCUCCUGAAAACCCACGAAGAAGAGGAAAUCGAAAGUAACUCAUUCCACAGAGAUACUGAUUUGAUCCACGCGAUUUUCCAGAAAACGUGUUUACAGAUGUCAGUUUAGUACAAUGCCAACCAAAUUUAACUCUCGCGGUCAUUUCUGUGUAUUUAAUCCAUAAUCAUCGAUACCAGGAAGAUGUUUUGAGAAUAACGCGCUGACAGGAAACAAACACAGGAAGUGAAAUGAAGAAUCUUCCAGAAAUUACCAUCUUUUGAAUGACACUGAUGAUAAAACAUGAAGUUUAUUGAGAAAUGUUACCGAAAACGAGUUGAGUGAUUGAUUGAUUGAUCUGUGUUCAGUGUCAGUUUAUCUGAGCGAGGAAAGGACUCUCUCUCUAAGAUGAGUCUCUCAGAGAAACACAGAGUAAGAUCAGACUCACAUGUGUCCAGCUCUGUGUCUCUGAAGAGUGACCGAUCAAAAGAUGAACCACUAGACUUCAGUGUGGAAAAACCAUCAUCUGAUAAAAGUGUAAGAUCAGACUCACAUGUGUCCAGCUCUGUGUCUCUGAAGAGUGUCUGGUCAAAAGAUGAACCACUAGACUUCAGUGAGAGAAAACCAUCAUCAAAUAAAAGGCUUCAGUAUGAGACAUUAGACUCAGACGUUCAGACUCACAGGAAACACAAGAGUUCCAAAGACAAUCUCCUGUGGAUCUUCCAGGAUCUUGAGAGCAAAAUAAUCACAUUUCUGAAGAAAGAGCUGGAAAAGUUUAAGAAAAUAUUACAAAAUGAGAACACAGAAUACUUUGUGAAGGACUUUAAUGAGAAUAGAUGCAGUACCAAAGCAGCAGCUCUUGAUCUCACACUACAUUACCUGAGAGAGAUGAAGCAAGAUGAAGCUGCUGAUGCUCUAGAAGAUGAGCUGAUCUUCAUUCAUCAGCUCAAAUGUGGCCUAAAGAAGAAGUAUCAAUGUGUGUUUGAAGGAAUUGCGAAGCAAGGUGACUCCACACUUCUGAAUAACGUCUACACAGAUCUCUAUAUCACUCAGGGUGGCAGUGAACAGGUCAAUACUGAACAUGAGGUCAGACAGAUUGAAGUUGCUGCCAGGCGUCAUGAAUCUCAAGAGAUUCAGGUUAAAUGCACACAUUUGUUUGAAGCUCCUAAACAAGACGAGGAGAUCCGAACUGUACUGACAAAAGGAGUCGCUGGCAUCGGAAAAUCAGUCUCUGUGCAAAAGUUUGUUCUGGACUGGGCUGAAGGGAAAGAAAAUCAAGAUAUCAGAUUAUUAUUUCCUCUUCCAUUCAGAGAGAUAAACUUAAGGAGAAAGGAAAAACUAAGUUUGAUGGACCUUAUAACUCAAUUUUUCCCAGAGACAAAAGGACUGAAUCUUACAAGAUGGAAUGAGUUGAAAGUCCUGUUCAUCCUUGAUGGAUUGGACGAAUGUCGUCUUCCUCUGAAGUUUGAUUGUAAUGAGAUGUGGUGUGAUGUAUCGUCACCAGCCUCUCUGGAUGUUCUCCUAACGAACCUCAUGAAGGGAAAUCUGCUUCCUUCUGCUCUCAUCUGGAUCACCACCAGACCAGCAGCUGCCAGUAAGAUUCCUCCUGACUGUAUCGACCGGCUGACAGAGAUACGAGGAUUCAAUAACUCACAAAAGGAAGAGUACUUCAAAAAAAGAUUCACGGAUCAAAAUCAGGCCAACACAAUCAUUGAUCAUGUUAAACAAUCAAAGAGUCUCUUUAUCAUGUGCCACAUCCCAGUCUUCUGCUGGAUUUCAGCCACUGUUCUCCAGAACAUUCUGGAGGAGAAAAGAAAUAAUGAUGUGAAAAUCAAUCAGGCUGAUGAGAUCUCUAAAACACAUCAGGAAUCAAAUACUGAAGACACUCCCAAGACUCUGACACAGAUGUACACACACUUUCUCCGCUUUCAGAUCCAGCACAGCCGCAGAAAGUAUGAUGGAGAAUAUACAGCAGAUGUUUCCUGGGAUAAAGAUGCCAUCCUUUCACUGGGGAAACUGGCAUUUCAUCAGCUGGAAAGAAACAACGUGAUCUUCUAUGACACAGACCUGGAAGCCUGUGGUAUUGAUGUCUAUAAGGCAUCAGUGUACUCAGGCAUGUGUACCCAGAUCUUUAAGGAGGAAACAGGGAUCACUCUUGGUACCAUGUACUGCUUUGUUCACUUGAGCAUUCAAGAGUUUAUUGCAGCCCUUUAUGCACAUCUGUUUCGAGACAUCAACAAGACAAAUGUGUUUGAUCAUGAGUCUACAGGACAGGAAAAUAAAAAUGAAGCCUUGAUUGAUUUUCUCAAGACUGCAGUGGACAAGGCGCUCGAGAGUGACAGUGGACACCUGGACCUUCUCCUUCGCUUCCUCCUCGGUCUGUCACUCCAGUCCAAUCGACGACUUUUACGAGGUCUGUUGACACAGCAAGAUGACAAUGACCAGAUCAACAAGAGAGUAGUUCAGUACAUCAAGCAGAAAUUAGAAGAUAAUCUGCCUGCAGAGAGAUCCAUCAAUAUGUUCUACUGUCUGAACGAACUGAACGACCAAACUCUGGUGAAGGAGAUCCAGACCCAGCUUAGCAAAGGAAGUCUCUCAUCUGGUGACCUUUCACCUGCCCAGUGGUCUGCUUUGGUCUUUGUGUUGUUGACAUCAGAGGAAGAUCUGGAGGAAUUUGAGCUUCAGAAAUUCAAGAAAUCAGACGAGUGUCUCGUUAGAUUAUCAGCAGUCAUCAAAACCUCCAGAAGAGCUCUGUUAAAUGAUUGUAACUUAACAUACAAAAGCUGUCCAGCUCUGGCUGCAGUCCUUGGAUCAGAUACCAAUCUGAAAGAGCUGAACAUGAACAAUAAUAAUCUGCAGGAUUCAGGAGUGAAGCUGCUCUGCACUGGACUGAAGAAUAUAAAGUGUAAACUGGAGAUACUGAGGUUAAGAGGCUGUUCUAUGACAGAAGAAGGUUGUUCUGCUCUGACUUCAGCUCUGAAAUCAAACCCGUCACACCUGAGAGAGCUGAAUCUGAGCUGGAAUAAUCUAGGAGACUCUGGAGUGAAAAACCUCAGUGAUCUACUGAUGAACCCACAAUUCAAGCUGGAGAAACUACAUUUAAGCUCCUGUGAUAUGACAGAAGAAGGUUGUUCUGCUCUGACUUCAGCUCUGAACUCAAACCCGUCACACCUGAGAGAGCUGAACCUGAGCUGGAAUAAUCUAGGAGACUCUGGAGUGAAAAACCUCAGUGAUCUACUGAUGAACCCACAAUUCAAGCUGGAGAAACUACAUUUAAGCUCCUGUGAUAUGACAGAUGAAGGUUGUUCUGCUCUGACUUCAGCUCUGAAAUCAAACCUGUCACACCUGAGAGAGCUGAACCUGAGCAGGAAUAAUCUAGGAGACUCAGGAGUGAAAAACCUCAGUGAUCUACUGAUGAACCCACAAUUCAAGCUGGAGAAACUACAUCUACAGAAAUGUGGCAUUACAGAUGUUUCUUCUUUAACUCAGUCUUUGACUAACUCAAAAGCACUGCAGUUUUUAAAAGUUCUUGAUCUGAGGAAGAAUAAGAUAGGAGACUCAAAGCAGCGGCUCCGUGACGUGUUACGAGACUCAAACUGUGUCCUGAGAUGAAGAUCUGUGAAAUCAUCAUGAGAGGAUCAGAAAUCAUCAGGUGAUCCACAGAAGAGUCUCUACUGUGUCUAUGAGGAGAAAUAAAUGUGAUUAAUGUGUAAAUGUGUUUCAUACAGAUGGAAGAGACUCUUUACAGUUAAAUAAAGCAGCAUGUGUGUCAGCAUGAGUAUCAGAAACAUGUGAUAUUUAAUGAUUAAUGUUGCUUUAGUAUUCAAUCAAAUGAUGGUUUAGUUUUAUUUAAAGGUGGAACAGGAGGAAGAAGCUCAGAUGAGUCUGUCAGCAGAAAUCUUCAGUAUCAGGCCUACAAAUAUAAUAAUAAUUGGAUUGAACUCAUCCAUAAUGAUUAAAAAGUCAUGGACACAUAAAUGGAGGAAAAGACUACAAUACAAUAACAGAUAUUCUGAUUGAAGUAAAUCUGUUAAACGCUUUUUAGACACUUUUUAGAAUUAAAUGAAUUACCUAGAAAUUGUAAGUAAAAUCCCUGUAGAAGUGUUUUAAGUGUUUGGGAACAGAUAUGGAUCUCAAACUGAAGUCUUUUGUAUCAAGCAGUUGUUGAAGGUGGAGUUUUGAGGAUUCAUCAGAGAGAAAACAGAAACAAUAACUUCAUGUACUGUAAAAAGAAAGAAACUUCAGUUCACUGUUGUAAAACUAUUAUAAAACUUCAUAUUCUUACUGUUCAUGCUCACUGGAGAAGCAUUGUGUCUGUGGAAUACCCAUAAUCCCUUGCUCUUUAAUAAUUUUGUGUUUGGUCAAAGCAAAGAUCUGGACUGUAAAUGGUAUUUUGAAUUAGCAGAUCUUUGAGCUUCAAUUGUUGUUUAAUUAAAGAUUUUGUUGUAAA